GAAUUAUUUUGAACUUUCUAUGAUUUAUUUUAAACAAAUAAUGUUUUAAAUAUAAUAUUUCAUCUCAUAAAAAUAAAUUUAUAUAUUUGGGCGUUUUGUGCAAUAGGUAGAAAACAUGAUUCACAGUCUAUUUAUUAUAAAUCCAUCUGGUGAUGUAUUUCUGGAGAAACAUUGGAGAAGUGUAAUACCUCGUUCUGUGUGUGAUUACUAUCUAGAAGCGCAAAGAGCAUCACCCAAUGAUGUUCCACCUGUGCUGGCUGCUCCUCACCACUACCUCAUCUCAAUACAAAGAGGAGGCGUUGCCCUGGUGGCCGUGAGCAAAACUGAAGUGGCCCCAUUGUUUGUCAUUGAAUUCUUGCAUCGAGUUGUUGAUACAUUCCAGGAUUACUUUUCAGACUGCACAGAGACUAUAAUUAAAGAGAAUUAUGUUGUUGUUUAUGAGCUUUUAGAUGAAAUGUUAGAUAAUGGUUUUCCUCUAGCCACUGAGAGCAAUAUUCUCAAAGAACUAAUAAAACCUCCCAACAUUUUGAGAACAAUUGCAAAUACAGUCACAGGAAAAUCCAACGUUUCUUCUAUAUUGCCGUCCGGCCAGCUCUCAAAUGUUCCCUGGAGGAGGUCUGGAGUGAAAUAUGCUAACAAUGAAGCAUACUUCGACGUCAUUGAGGAGGUGGAUGCUAUUAUUGACAAAAGUGGAUCUACUGUGUCUGCUGAAAUUCAAGGAUAUAUUGACUGUUGUAUAAAAUUAAGUGGGAUGCCAGAUUUAACAUUGACAUUUGUUAACCCUCGGUUGUUUGAUGAUGUCUCCUUUCACCCGUGUGUCAGAUUUAAGAGAUGGGAGUCGGAAAGAAUACUCUCCUUCAUACCUCCUGACGGCAAUUUUCGUCUGAUGUCGUACCACAUCGGAUCACAGAGUGUGGUCGCUAUACCGAUCUACGUUCGACACAACCUCUCAUUGAAGAAUAACGGAGACCAAGGAAGAUUAGACUUGACAGUGGGACCAAAACAGACCAUGGGACGUACUUUAGAAAAUGUAGCCUUAGAAAUCUGCAUGCCGAAAUGUGUACUUAACUGCUCUCUAACUGCCAAUCAGGGGAAGUACUCUUAUGAUCCCGUCAGCAAGGUGCUGCUUUGGGAUAUUGGUAGAAUUGAACUACCCAAGCUGCCAAAUAUAAGAGGAUCGGUGUCAGUAGCGUCAGGCGCCGACACGACAGGCGCGAAUCCGAGCAUCAACGUCCACUUUACGAUCCCGCAGCUAGCAGUGAGCGGGCUGCGCGUGAGCAGGCUAGACAUGUACGGCGCGAAAUACAAGCCGUUCAAAGGCGUGAAGUACGUCACGAAAGCGGGAAAAUUCCACGUGCGCAUGUGACUUGAAACAGACGAUUUAUUUGUACGUUAAUAUUGUUUUCUCUGCUGCGACCAAUAAAAGACUAUCAAUAGGAACAGUCAGUGUAAACCAUAAAGUUAAUAUACCUAGCGGAAUAGAGAAACAAUCUCGA